AUGAUCGCUGUCUCAAAGUUGAACCUUGCAACGAAGUAUUGGCUGGCGGAUUUGAAGUCGUCCAAACUGCUGCCGCCGUUCUCCUCCGGAUGGCUCAUCAACAACGGGCCUCAUGCGGACAAGUCGGCGAUCGGUAUGCUGCUGAUGGCCAACGUCUUCUUGGACCAGUCCAAAGACGUCCACAAUUUCGACGUCAAGGGCAAUCUGAAGCGCUGCGUUUUGCAGGACGAGAAGAAAGCGGCCAAGCCGACGGAGAGGGAUCGAGAGUUCAAGGACCAGUAUCGAAAAGACGAGCGCGACAAGGUGUGGGGCUCCACCCAGCACGAGGGAGUCACCAAGGCAGUGGAGGUCAAGAUGCGGCUGGUGGACAUCCUGCUCGUGGAUGUCGCCAAGGCCGCCGACUGCAAGCACCAGUUUCUGCUCGGAAUCAUCUCCAUUGCCAAUAUUGCGACCGACUGCGGAGACCGAAAUACCAAAUGCCGGAAGGCCACCGUCAUCACCAAUCUGUACCAUCUCACUUCCAGGCACGGCUGGGCCGUCGAGCAGCAAGAGCAGGAGCAAGGGCCCGAAGAACAGCAAGAAAGGCGCGGAGAGCCAGAUGAGCACGAUCUCGAAGAACACUACCAUCUAAGGUUCCUGGCUUCCCAUAAAAUCGCCGACCAUUCCAUUUUGGGCGACGUCAAGCACGGUGAUGACGACGCCCCGCUGGACCCGCGUAACACGCUGCGCGGCACCAUCCAACGCGGCGACGCCAUUGAAUCCGUUGUCGUGAAGAUGAAGUUCGUCGACGUGCUUCUGCUGGUAAGGGGGAGAUGCUGCUUUUUGAGAAAAUUCUUGCUGGAUGCGGCGAAUGUGGUCUCCCGCAAGCACGAGUUCUUGCUUGGCGUUGCGGAUUUCGUGUUCCCCGAUCCCAACUGGCGCGUGGGAUAUCGUCAGCGCAUGGAAAUCCAAGACAAGGCCGGGCGGAUGAACAUCAAGGGCCGAGGAUCGACGAGCAGCAAGCGGAGCGCGAAGAGCCAGAAGAGCAAU